GUUUAAACCCACCGGAUGUGACGUGUGGGAUAAAAACGUUCUCUUUUUUCGUUGUGUUGACAUGGAUUUUUGGUCUUAAACAAAACGCAUCGGGUUGAUUUCAUCUUUGUUCGGUAACGUUUCUAUAGUAAGCACGAUUUUUUUUAAGUGUAAAGCCAUAAUGUAUAAGUUGUGAUGUCUGCAGCGCUAUGAAGCUAAUUCUAACUAGCCAUGCGCUAACAUAAUUACUAGCAUUACCUGCUUUUUUGCAAAUGGCCACGGGCAAUGUUUGAGGAAAAUGAAGAGAAAAGUUGCCAAAUUAAGACUAAGUCCCAACGAAGAGGCUCGUUUAAUCCGAGAGGAACAUGAACGGCGGAGGAAAUUACGAAUACAACAGGUGCGGGAGCAGCAGAGGUACAUCUCACUGCAGAUCCGUCGAGAGGUUGAGCAGAGACGGCAGCGAGAGCUGGAGCAGCUGGAGAAGCAGCUGAGGGACGACUGGGAGCAACAGCAGAGGGAGAAGCUCCAAGCACUGCAGAGGCUCUACCAGGAGAGCCUCCAGCUGGUCGGUCAGGGACACAGAAGUGCAAAAGAAAAUGAGCCUGACUUGGAAGCCAUAGCUCAGAGGGAGGAAGAAAAUCAUGUCAAAGCAGAGGAGCGUUAUCGGGAAGCCCUCAAGGAGCUCAAAUCACAGCGGCUUAAAGAGGACGAGAGGCAAAACCGAUGCAUCAAUGCCAGGAAGAAGGCGCUGCAGGCAGAGAAGGAAAGAUCAGCAAAAGUGGCCAGCCUCCCACUGCUUCCCCCAAACCCCAUUCAGAGCAUCGAUUCCAAGAAGCUGUGUGUAGUGAAGAAGUCUGACGUGAGCGCCUUUGCCACGACGCACUACCACAUGCCUGAGCACACAGUAGACAGAGAGGCUGACACAAAGCAGCCGAAUGCCCAUGAGGGAGCUGAGCUGGAGGUGAGGAGAUUGCAGGACUUGGAGAGGGAGGAAAGGCGAAAGCGAGAGGAGCAGCUUGAGAAGGCUCGUCUGAGAGGGAACGAGGCGCUGAAGAGGGAACAUCUUGUCCAGGAUCGUGAGCGCUUGUUUGUUGAACUGGAGCACAUGCAGCAGACAGACCUUCUGAGGAGGAGGCAGCAGGUGUCCCAAAUGCCUCCUCAGAUCUUCCAGCCUCUCCUAAAGAGACAGGAGACGAGGGAGGACUUCCAAAGGGAGAUGGAGUUUGCCUUUGAGGACAUGUACACCGGAGAGAGGAGGGUCAAAGGUGACGUAGUGGUGCAGCUGGUACCAGAGCCGUUGCCAGCUUUGUCCACAAGCAGCCACGACCAAGAGCUGGACGUCUCACUGGAUGAAAUUGCCUCACAAGGAGGAGGAGCAGCAACACAACAUGAUGCUGAGCGGGAAUCCGGCAGCACAGAGCUGGAAUUAUCUGAUGAAGUGCAGUCCACCAAACCUGCUCCCAGACGGGCUUUGAAGAAGCUCCUGGAUCGCAUCAGGAGCCAGAAGAACCAGUGGACUGACAAUGGCAGUAGCGGCUCCGCAGCCGAGUCCCUGACCGCCACCGCCAUUCAGAUCCCAGAGCAGGACACGACCAUCAACACAGGCUCUCUGAGCAGCGAGGAGAAGAGCCUGCUGCUGCCCACAGAGCUCCCUGAGCCGGCCGACGCGGCGCCGGCGCCGGAAACAACGGAGCAGUCAACUGCAGCAGAUCCUCCACUUCCUGAUUCACUUGCAAGCAGAGUCCGAGAGUUUGAAGACGGCCGAAAGAGAAGGGCAGAGGAACUUGACCGAGAGAAGCAGCAGCAGGUGGUUUUGCUCCAGGAGCUGGAGGAGCAGAAAGCCAAAUUGGAGCAGAUGCUGCUCGAGGCUCAGCAGGAGAGGGAAGACCUAAAGGCUGUUGUCACUCAGGACGAACCCGUCAACCCACCGGAAGUACCUGUCCAUGAGCAGGACGUUACUCCUGUCACUCCUGGAAUAGCCACUGAGCUGGUGCCUCCUGCAGGUAAAGAUGACCACUCCAGAAGGAUCAAAGAGUACCAACAGCGGCUGCUGGAACAAAACAAGAUUCACCAGAGAUCAGUGGAGGUGGCCCGCCACCGCCUGGAGGAAUACCAGCGAGCUCUACGCAUUCGUUACAACAUGAACGCCGGGUCAUUGCCACCGGCCACCGGCUUUGCUCACCUCCCAGCUCCCCCACAGCUCCCUACGGCCCCUGCAGCACCUGGAUUCUUCCACGCCAGACCACUAAGCCCCGCGGAAGUUCCCACGAGAGAGUCCGACAUGUUGGUUCCGCCAUCAGGACUUCCCGGCUCCAGGCUGCUUCCCCCGUCGUCUGCGGUUGGAUGUCUUUCGAACGACCCUAGGAGCCGGAGACCAGAUGUCACCGCCUGGCUGACUGAUAACAUAAUGGAGAGAGUGACGGAGCACCUUCCAGAGAGGGUGAGACCUUCCUCUGAGUCACCGCCUCACCAUUUGUUCCCAAUGUGUCGGUCGGCCUACAUCCCGACGCCGAUCCCGUCUGAUCCCGUCCGGGCCAUCAGCCCGCGCAUCACGGUGCGAGGCCCUGUGUCGCAUGGCUCCCUGCCACCCGGGUCCCCGUGCUCCGGGGAGGAGGCCGACAGCAACAUGGAGAGGCAGAGACGACAGCUGCUGGAGGUGAAGAGACGGGCACUGGAGCAGAAGGAGGCUGUCGCGCUGCAGCAGAGACGGCAAGAAGAGGAGAGGCAGAGACGGGAACAACAGCAACGUGGACAGGAAGCGGAGAUGGAGCAGAUGAGAAGGCAAAAGGAGACGCUGCAGGCUCUGAUUCAUACUGAAGAACCGGUGAGUGAACUUGUUCCAGAGGCCGCCGGUGAAGUUGUGGUUCCAGAGGACAUCGGCCAGACCCGCCUUAAGCUACUGGCGUCCCUGCUGAGAGCUAUAGAGGAGUCCAAUGGAGGAACUUUAUCUCACUUAGAGGACCCAGAGGAGAAAGAACACUCCCCUCAGCAAAAGCCAUCUGACAGUGAGUUCAUCUGUCGGAGUGAUGUUCCUGCGGGACCUUCCCCAGUGUCAGUCUUCCCUGCUGGACUGCACCCUCCACCCAGAGCAGCGAAGCCCCCAGUGACCCGCUUCAGGCUGUGCGCCGGGGAGAUGAUGAUGGAGCAACACGAGCUCAGUGCUAUUCAAGAGGUGGAGACACCGGUCGACUCUAGCCAAGUCGCAGGCCCGGAGGAUAGUGGGAUAGUCCCCUCACAGGCUCUGAGCCGGGACUGGCAGGAGGAUUUGAAAUCGUCCACCUCCUCUGAGAGGACCGUGCAGGCACCCUCUUGGUCCAGCAGUGGGCAGCGGACGGCUGAUCGAUCCACUGUCUCUGGGACGAGCUCAGGAGGAACCUGGAGAGAGAGGCUGCUGACGGGGGCGUCUCCAGAGUCCUCUGGGUCUGACUCAGUCCUGAGGGUGAUCUCACCGCUUUCCUCCGACUCUGGGAGAGGAGCCGACUACUCUGGUCCCGCGGUCACAAGCAGCAGACCCUCUGCCGAGUCUGCACAUAGGCCUCUUGAUUCUGACUCCUCCACCACCAUCUCCACCGGCAGCUACAUCACCACGGAUCCUGAGCUCAAUGUUGAUGCUGAUAAAUCCCCAUCGCUCAGACAUUGUGCUGAGCCAGGACGGGGAGGAUAUUCACUCCAUAUCUCAUCGCCGUCCGCUCACAGCUCCUGUAUCAUCGACAGCUCGGCCGCAAGCCGUUCUGGUCUGGCUGUGGACUCUCUGUUUAACGACAGCAGCAUCCAGCAUAUUAUAGACAAAUACACCAGGGAGCUAAACAUCUCCCUCAGCGCUGCUGGCCGAACCACAGAUAGCGAAGGCUCGUACACGGAGCAACCAGCCUCUUCGGUGUCACAGCAGACUUUGGCUGGAGUCACGGAGAGGAGAGGGGAGGAUGAAAGCUCUUAUUCCCGCUGGUCUCUUCCAUCAGACACAGAGGAAGUUCAGAAGCGAGGCCUGGUCAGUGAUUCACAACCCACAACAGAUCCGAUCCUGGAGCACUUCUCGGGAGAGGACCCGUCAAUCGCUGAGUACCAGGAUCAGGACUCUUUUAGACCUCUGAUUGGCCAGCUGGCGGACCAGUCGUCCUGCCUCGCCGCCGAGCAGAGGGACUCAGCCAUGCAGCUGCUGGUCGGUCUACCGUCCGCUCACUCCUCCAUGAUUUGUCAGCUACCAGGCCCGUCGGCUUCGGUGAGCUUUGAUCAAGGCAGAUGGGAUUCCACGUUGAGCCGCAUGAUCAGUCGACUCUCCCAUCAGCCCAGCUCCCACUGGCCGAGCGGCGGGCAGGACUUUUACGCCGACUACCUGACUGGUCGGGUGGCAUCGGAGCAGGCGACCACGGGGCUGGAUGGAGGUCCGGAGGAGAGCCAGAUGAGGCCGCUGGUUGUGGAGCAGGAUGAGUCUUCUGGCCAGCACAGUGAAAGCUCCGAUGAAAGGACACACGUGGAUCUUGGUGUCUCAACGGAGGCCGGUGUGCCGUCCUACCCGGUGUUUCCUCCUGAACCCUCGUCACACGGUGUCUCGGCCCCUGCUGAGCAUCCACAUCCCCAGACAGCGCAGGACCAAUCGAUGUCAAUGGACCUGGGCCCAGAGAGGACUGAAGACUCUGACUCCUUCCACCCAAUGCUGGCUGAGAUCACCCACAACGAAACUGCAGACCCCUCCAUGAUCUUCCACCUGCCCGAACACAAUGUGCCUACGUCCCCUGAGGGCCAGCCGGCCAGCGGGGAACAUGCCGUUUCCACGUCUUCUGAGGAGUUUGAAACCAACGCCGAUGAGUCCGAGGCGUCACCCGAACGCCUCAGAGCGGAGGAGCCGUCGAGCUGCGUGGAAGCUUUGCAGGAUUCCUUCUCUCCGCUGAUCGCCUCCCAGUGCCGUCCCCACGAGUCCGUCCUCGUGCUGUUCCCAGACACCAGGACAGACGCAGAGCCAGCGGCUUUGCUCUCGUCACGUUUAACGGUGUGUGACGAUCCACCGAACGUGGACAUAAUGGAGGGAGCGGAUGCAGACAGAAACCACGUCUGUCCUUUGUUAGAUAAACUAUUGGAAGCUGCUGGUGAGAAGGGGAUCCUAGAGCAGUCAGAGAUAACACUAGUGAGCCUGACCGACACCACGCUGCAGGACCAAGAGACAAUUGUCCCUGAGGAAGAGGAAAAGAAUGAAGACAAACACCGUGAGGAAGUAGAGGAAAAGGGACAGCAAGCUCAAGAGACCGAGGGGUCUACAUCCACGUUGUUACGGGCUGGGACUCCAGAAGACGAGAAGAACCCAUAUCCAGAUCCAGUGAAGCUCCUGGAAUUUCAGUGGGGUCCCGGCAAAGACCUGCAGGAGGUCCACCAGCAGAAGCGCAGAGCGCUGCUCCAGAGAUCGUCCCGCAGGGUGGAGGAGAUCAAGGUCAAAGUCAACGCUAAGGAAUCUAAACCAGCCCCCAGUAAGGCAAAGACGAAAUCCGAAACGCAUCGUCCGAUAAACGCCAAGUCAAAGGGGGGACCUGCAGAGCCGCAUCGGACCACUAAGAUCCAGCAGAAAAGGUCCCCGCUUCCCCCUCCAGCGAGCGAUAGCAGGCCUAACGAGGUGAAGAGCAGCACAUCGGAGCAAAGGAAACGGGAUGUUUCUGAGAUGCACCAGAGAACUCAAAGACUGUAUGAGCAGCUGGAGGAGGUGAAGCAUCAGAAAGCCGUCAGGAACAGACUGCAGGCUUAUGAAGCUAACCGACUGAAGGCCAAAGAGUUCCACAAGAAAACCUUACAGAAGCUUCGUGCCAAGCAGACUCCGUAGCGAUUCUGAACAUGUCUUUAUGUUUGUAAAGUUUUUAUAAAGUAUUUUAACUUAUUUAAGUUCCCUUUCUUGCACAUUUUUAAACUUUCAGAUUAGUUUAAGAAUAAACAUUCAUGAAGUAGAUUACUGAAUUACAAAA